AUGCAACUCGGCGUCUUCCAGAUGCGCUCGUGGGAGCGCCUUUACGCCCUGGCAGAGGAUGGGCUCACACUGGACAAAGUCGCCGACCAGUCCGACUACCAGACCAGAUGGUCUAUCGCCAACAACGGUUACUAUUUUUCGGUGCCAUUCGCUGGUCUUGUCGCGCCUGCUGCGCACAACUUCGUUAUUAACUUCAUGUCCAACCGUUCCGCUGAGAAUCCAGGUGGUGUCCUCACCCGUGAUGUCCUCGAGCAAUUCUUCGGUGUCACCGGAGAGCCAGGCAGCUUCGUGCACAACAGAGGUCAAGAGAGAAUUCCGGAAAAUUUCUACCGCCGAUCCAGCAGCAUCCAGUACAGCAUCCCGGCCGUGCUCGCCGACGUUCAGGUCAACAAUGCAAUGGACCCGGGAAUCGUUCGCUUCGGUGGCAACACAGGAAAUGUCAACUCCUUCACAGGCGUCGACAUCACCGAUCUCACUGGAGGAGCCCUCAACGGAGCUUCACUCUUCGAGGGCAACAAUCUUGCUUACUUCAUGUUGCGGGCUUCGCAACAAGCCGUGCCUGAUGCCGCUGACCCUGCUUUAGGUGCACUGGGCUCCGCUCUCAACUUCGUUACUUCGCAGAUUGCGCCAAUUCAGUCCAAGCUCAGCUGCCCUGAGCUCGGCAAGUUCAACUCCGCCUUCUUCAGCCAGUUCCCAGGUGCUAGCUACAAGGCUCAGGGCCAGAAGACUAGCUUUGUCGAUUCACUUUGA